AUGUCUCCCGCCGGGGCCGCGGCGUGCCGGUGCCCGGCUCCUCUCAGAGCUGCCGGUCCGGCCCGGCCGCGAACAUGGCGUUCCGCGCCCUCACCCUCCUCCUGCUCAUCGCCGUCGUCGUGGCAGUGCAGUCUCAGCGCACGACGACACUUCCCGACGUCCCGAAGACGUACGUCUGACCAGACGGAGAGCUCGGCAGUAUCCGGCCGGGCCUCCCCUGCGAAGAGCUCCACAUUUGGGCGCACCAGGACAGGUGGCCGUAACCUGCCUUCAUCGAGGCCGGGUUCAAGAACAUUUGGCCGCACCGGCAGCGCCACACUCACCUCCACCACCGGCGGCAAUCGUGGCGCAGCAGCCCGCAAUCGUGGCGCGACCAGCCAGACCCGUGGCGCAGUAGGCCGCAAUCGUGGCACGUCUAGCCAGAGUCGUUAUGCAGCCAACCAGAACCGUGGCGCAGCAGCCCGCAAUCGUGGUACGACCAGCCAGAGUCGCUAUGCAGCCAGCCAGACCCGUGGCGCAGCAUCCCGCAAUCGUGGUGCGACCAGCCAGAGUCGUUAUGCAGCCAACCAGAUCCGUGGCGCAGCCAGCCAGAGCCGCGGCCGCGCGCAGGCCAGGCCCUCCAACGGCCGCGUGCCAAACAGGGUGCUGACGCAGUCACCCACCGUCAACUUCAACUGCCCGGAGCCCGAUGGCUUCUUCGAGAACAGCAAGCAGUGUGACAAGUACUACGAGUGCAAGGAGGGCGUGGCAAAGGAGCAGCUCUGCCCUGACGGCCUGUUGUUCCAUCCGAACCGCUCCUACCCGUGCGUCUACCCGACCGAAGUCGAGUGCGGCACACGGUCGGCUCAGCAGGACCCUCAGCCGACCGAGGACUGCCCUCGCCAGCACGUCACAUUCAAGACGGGCAGCGACCCGUCCGACUGCAGCACUUUCAUAAGGUGUAUCAGCGGCCGCGCCUACCCGUCCGCCUGCCCCGACGGCCUGGCGUUCAAUGCGACGACGCUGGGCUGCGAGUGGGCCGACGAGGUGGAGGGGUGCGACGCGUCAGGUUACCUGGGCUUCCAGUGCGAGCAGCGGGACUUCACGGCUGACCAGGUGGGCGAAUUCACGAGGGUGCCGCACCCGAGCGACUGUACCAAGUUCUACAUCUGCUUCAACAAGGCGGACGGCAGCGUCCAGCCGCGUCUCCAGGGCUGCCCCGAACCGGCCGUGUUCGACCCAGAGAAGGAAGAGUGCAACGAGAACCCGGAGGAGGUGGCCGGAUGCUCGGACGCCAUUCCGCCGGGCGUGCUGGCGACGUUCACGCGGCGCAAGCAGGACGAGACGGACCGGCGCGAGGCGCGCCUGGCAGCGCUCAAGGCCCGGCUGCAGGGCUGACCUCGUGCGGUGACCUCGCCCCAGCCGGCCUCAAACGCCCGGAGGCACCGGCCCGGCUGACCGACCUGUGGAGCGCGUCAGGGAGGCACCGAUGCCCGGCAUUGCGGGCUGGAAUGGUAGCGAUGAACACUGGUCGUGUCCUGGUUUCGAAGCGGAACUCGUGGACGCACUUCCCUAGAGCAAUAAAGCGUGAACAUCUGACAGUGAAGGCAGCUGUCUGGUGUCCGAAGCGAUGUGACGCUCAGCAUGUUCAAAUUUGGAUGCGUGGUAUGUGACAAUAAGGUCCAAGUUAUCGUGCAGGCGUAAAUUCACCAGUGAUGACCUAGUUUCCAUAGUGCUCCGUCUCGAUUUCAAUGAUUCACGCGAUUUAAAGGCAGGCAUAUCACUAAAUAACAAUUCAACAUCAUGCGCGUGUCUUUGAACUCUCAGGCGCCGGACCAGCAGAUGGGUGAUUUGGCAUGCUUGCGUUGCCUAGCCUAAAAACGUGUCCCUAGCGCCUUUGACUUCUGAGUACCGAAGGCUUUGCGGAACACCGCAGGGCGAUCCACGACCGGCGCAGCCGGCGACAACGAUUCCGCGGACCGCACGCGGCGUGCAGACAGUGUUGCAUUAACCUAGCUCUAUGCCAUAAAUCGGUGCCCAAAGCACGUGAAACUACAUGCCAUUGGCUCAUAAUGGAAAAAUAAACGCCUGUUUGGGUGAAGUGUCGCUACAGGGCAAAGUCUUGCACACACGAGCAAGUAUAGUUGAAAGAGCUCGAUUUUCAGGUUUUUUAUUUUCGGCUGGCAUGAUGGGGUCAGUUGGUGACUUAGCGUCAUAGAAUGAAUUUUCAUUUGCGAGAUACAACAGACGGAAGUUUUCCACUAGGUUCUAUCUUUCUUAGUUGGAAACGGCAGGUGGGUGUCAUCGGCUUUCCAAUCAGUUCGCAGUAUGAAAAAGGUGGAUUAGAUUAAACACCUUUUUAUUUUUACAAGCAGUAACUGGGACACUGAGGAGGAGAUCCAGAGAUGAGAGUGGCUGUGUGCAUUUCGCAAGAUUGUGGGCUCGACGUAUAAUCAAUGAAGCAGCCAUCAGCUGCGACGCCGGUGGAGCCACCGCCU